AAGCUUCCCUCCUGCUUUGAAUAUGCAAGACAGGCUUUGUCUUUUGGUGGAAUUGAUCCAAACUCGCUGACGAGAUUUCUCUCCUUUAUUAAUCCUUUACACUCGUCCUUUCCUUUCCCCUUAGGUUCUGCUCGCAUACUAUCGCCGUUGCAUUGUAUCUGACUAUCCAUCAAUAUGCGUGCUAUCCAAGUUAAAGAAUAUGUCAAGGGGCCUUUGGGUCUCCAAGUUUCCACACUUCCCACUCCGUCCCCAGCCCCGGGUGAAUACCUAAUUGAGAUUCACUCCGCAGGUACCAACUUCUUCGAUCUCCUUCAAAUACAAGGCAAAUACCAACACCAGCCUCCGCUCCCGUGGAUCGGAGGCGCUGAGUUUGCUGGGACUAUUCUAGCUGUGCCAACAUCUAAACCCGCCUCGCAAUUGCGCUUCAAAGUCGGCGAUCGAGUCUUCGGCGCGACCCAGGGCGCUUACGCUACCCACAUCCUCGCUCCUGAACACGCCCUACUCCCUGUCCCUAACGGAUGGAGCUUUGAGGACGCAGCCGGUCUCUUCGUCACGGCACCUACCUCGUUUGGCGGUCUAGUACACCGAGCAAACGUUCAGCCGGGUGAUUGGGUCCUCGUCCACGCCGCCGCCGGUGGCGUCGGAUUGGCUGCCGUACAGGUUGCGAAGGGUAAUGGUGCGACUGUAAUAGCAACGGCUGGUGCGGAACGCAAAAGACAGAUUGCACGAGAGUUCGGGGCUGACUAUGUCAUCGAUUACCGCAACAAGGACUGGCCUGAAGAAGUGAAGAAGCUGUGCGCGCAACACCGAACAGGCAAUGGGAAGGCAGGUGUGGAUAUUGUGUAUGAUCCUGUGGGCAUGAUCGAGGCCAGUUUGAAAUGCGUCGCGUGGAAUGCACGCCUGCUGGUUAUCGGAUUCGCGGCGGGCAAGAUUGAGAAGGUCGCAUUGAAUAGGGUGCUACUGAAAAAUGUGAGCAUUGUUGGGCUGCACUGGGGACAGUACGCCAGGUUUGAGAAGGAGACUGUGGGUUCAGUGUGGAAUGGAAUCUUUGACCUCGUGGCUCAGGGAAAAUUUAAGGGGACAGCGUUUAAAGACGAAAGCUUUGUCGGAUUGGAGAGUGUUCCUAGGGCAUUGCAGGCGCUUGGAGGCAGGGAAACCUGGGGUAAGGUGGUUGUUAAGGUCAUUGAUGACGAGGCAAAGAGUAGGCUGUAAUCUUUAUCUUCCAAGCGUUCAAUAUUGAAAUACUCAAGGUUUAACAAAGAUAUAUACAUUAAGGUACUAUUCUUAUUCGCAUACUGUAGGUGCACAAGGAGUCAUGCUCUCGUAAGAGAUAGAACGCAAGCAACAUGAACUAUGAAGGCCCUGUACCUUGCUCUAGCAACUGAAACUGGAAUGAAAUCCCUACAACCCAACUCCAGCCAGGACCACAGUCACAGGACGUGACAUGUGGUGGCUGUCCUUCUUAAUGAAGGGCCCGUAGUAACAUCUGGUGUUCCACCUGUCCAUAUGGAGUAGUGGAUCAAGUAGACUUGAGACAGCUGGGUUGUAUUGUUGCGAUCCCCAAUGAAACAAUAUUAGAAUGGGGUUUAACAUCCAGCCCUGGCUUGAGCCACUAGAAUACACCUAGUCCAGACACAUUAAGGACCUUGAUUCUGCAAUCUGAAAGCUCUGUAGGCACCGUCCGUAUCAGUAUUAGAUCCGGAUGCUGCUUGUAUGACGUUUAUUCUGCUGUCGGCGAACGUGAGUAAUGUUGCUGAUUUUCUGAGAUAGAAAUUUUCAACGAUGAGGGGCAGAAGUUUUGUCCUUCGGUUAGAGCUUAGUCAUCAAGAAAUAUUUCAUUUACCCCUUUGAGAGGAGU